AUGCCCCUAAUUGAAGUUCAUAACCCCAAUGUUAAGUACGGGGAGGAACACAUCGAAUCCCGCUACGUUUACCGCAGCAACCGCGUCUGUCAAGGCGCAGGAGGUGCCAUCCAAGUCGAGACGAUCGACCAGACGUUGGAGUUCCGCACGGCGCGAAAAGUUCCGCGCGUGGGGGCCAUGUUCGUUGGGUGGGGUGGCAAUAAUGGCUCGACGGUCACCGCGGGUAUUUUAGCGAACCAACGGAAGUUGCGAUGGCGUACCCGCCGUGGGGAGCAGACCGCGAACUACUACGGCAGUCUCACGCAAUCCAGCACUCUCAACCUCGGUUUAACGCGCGAAAUGGCCGAGGUUUUUGUUCCGCUGACGGAUCUCCUGCCGAUGGUCUCCCCAAACGACUUGGUGCUCAGCGGGUGGGAUUGCAAUCGGAUGAACCUCGGCGAUGCCAUGCGCCGCGCGGGUGUUUUAGACGUCCCCCUGCAAGACGCCCUCUACGAUCACAUGAAAGGCCUAACCCCACUACCGGCGGCCUUUGAUAUCAACUUUCUAGCCGAAAACCAGGCCGAGAGGGCGGAUAACGUCAUGACGACGGCGAAUAAGUGGGAUACCGUAACCCAGUUGCGCUCGGAUAUCCGAAAGUUCAAGGCGGAGAACGCGCUUGACAAGGUGAUCGUCCUGUGGACCGCGAGCACGGAGAGGUUCUGCACCCACGAAGCCGGUAUCCACGGCAGCGCCGACAAACUCCUCGCGGCGAUUCAAGCCAACGUCGCGGAGAUCGCGCCCUCGGUGCUUUACGCCGUCGCCGCGAUCUUGGAGGGUUGCAGCUUUAUCAACGGCUCACCCCAGAACACCCUUUGUGGAGGGCUGGUUGAAUUAGCGCAGCGCCACCGUGUUUUCGUCAGCGGCGAUGACUUCAAAUCCGGUCAAACCAAGAUGAAAAGUGCCCUAGUGGAGUUCUUCGUGGGGGCUGGCCUAAAGCCCGAGUGCAUCGCGAGCUACAAUCACCUCGGAAACAACGACGGCUACAACCUCUCCGAGCCACAACAGUUCCGCUCAAAAGAAAUCACCAAGAGUAACGUGGUGGAUGACAUGAUCGACUCCAACAAGAUCCUGUUCCCAGAGGGUAGCAAGAGGCCGGACCAUUGCGUCGUGAUCAAGUACCUGCCCUACGUCGGGGAUAGCAAGCGCGCCCUGGACGAGUACAAUUUCUCAAUCUUCAUGGGUGGGGAGCAGAUCGUAGCGCUGCACAACAUCUGUGAGGACUCACUACUCGCCUCGCCGAUCAUCAUCGAUCUGCUGGUUCUGACGGAGCUCAUGGAGCGCGUGGAGAUCCGCGUCGACACGGAGGACGGCGCCUCAUUCGAGCCGAUGGAUGCUGUGCUGUCGAUUCUCUCGUACUUUUUAAAGGCGCCGCAGGUCCCGAAAGGAACUCCGGUUAUCAACGCGCUGAAUCGGCAAAAGCAAGCCAUCGAGAACGUCCUACGCGCCUUGGUGGGGCUGCCUGCUGAUAGCGGCAUGUUGCUUGAGUGCCGUAUUCCGGCCCUCCGUGCAGCCCACGAGGGUGCUUUCUCUGCCGCACACCGAGAAUGA